AUGGCAGGUGCAGGGAGUGAGGAUGAGGAUGGUGGAGGCCUGCUUACACCUCGCACCAAAGGCCUCGUACAGCAUUUUCAAAAGCAAGUGAGGGAGUACACCUUGGGAAUUGAUAAUGAUUUGCAGGUGAUAAAUGAGAAGAUUGGGCAAAUGGAGGCCGCACAGAUUUCCAACAACACCAAGCUUGCAGGUUUGGAGACGACAGUUGCUCGCGUGGACAAGAGUCUCGCUGCUCUUCUAAGGCGCUUUGAUGAGCUCCACGCAAAGAUGAAAGAUCAGCAUAGAGGACGUGGCCAAGAGAAUGAUGACGGCGCAGAAAAUUCAGGUGCUGAUUAUGCUGCUGACACCGAAGUUGAGGAUCAAGCCCAGCGACGUCUACGUCGUAACCGUCGAGGUAUGGGUGGACAGCGUCCACAUGAGGUACAUAACAAUGACAUUGCUUUUAGUAAGAUAAAAUUUAAGAUACCCUCUUUUGAUGGUAAAUAUGAUCCGGAUGCUUAUCUUACUUGGGAGAUGGCUGUUGAACAAAAGUUUACUUGUCAUGAUUUUCCUGAAAAUGCAUGUGUUAGGGCUGCAACUAGUGAAUUCACUGAUUUUGCUUCCGUUUGGUGGAUAGAACAUGGCAAGAAAAAUCCUAAUAACACGCCACAAACUUGGGAUGCUUUGAAACGGAUCAUGAGGGCUAGAUUUGUUCCAUCUUACUAUGCACGUGAUCUUUUAAACCAGCUGCAGCAGUUAAAACAAGGUACUAAAAGUGUAGAAGAAUACUAUCAAGAGCUACAAAUGGGCAUGCUACGCUGCAAUUUAGAGGAGGAUGUGGAACCUGCUAUGGCUAGAUUUUUGGGCGGGUUAAACCGGGAAAUUCAGGACAUCCUUGCUUAUAAAGAGUACACUAACAUAACCCGUUUGUUCCAUCUUGCUUGCAAAGCUGAAAGGGAAGUGCAGGGACGACAUGCAAGUACCAGGACUAACAUUUCUGCAGGGAGGAAUUUUUCCACGCAGCCCCGCUCAAGCAUUCCAUCAACUGGACGUGUUGCUGCACCUUAUUCAUCGUCAGCUCGAACAGCAGCCCCACCUUCUAGCGACAAGCCUCGUGACAACCCUGCAAAUUCAGCAGCAAAGACAACGCAAAAACCUGCUGCAACCACUUCAUCGGUGGCAUCCACAGGUAGAACAAGAGAUGUUCAGUGCCACCGCUGCAAGGGAUUUGGACAUGUCAUGCGUGACUGCCCAAGCAAGCGUGUUUUGGUGGUAAAAAAUGAUGGUGAGUACUCAUCUGCUAGUGAACUUGAUGAAGAUAUACUUGCAUUGCUUGCGGCUGACCAUGCAGGAAGUGAGGGCUGCUCGGAAGAACAUAUUAAUGCAGCUGAAGCCGACCGCUAUGAGAGCCUAAUUGUGCAGCGUGUGCUGAGCGCACAAAUGGAGAAAGCGGAGCAAAAUCAGCGGCACACAUUGUUCCAAACAAAGUGUGUCAUCAAAGAGCGUUCGUGUCGAGUGAUCAUCGAUGGAGGUAGCUGCAACAACUUGGCCAGCAGCGACAUGGUGGGGAAGCUUGCGCUUACCACCCAACCACACCCGCAUCCAUAUUGCAUUCAAUGGCUGAAUAACACCGGUAAGGCAAAGGUAACAAAACUUGUGCGAAUUAAUCUUGCCAUCGGAUCCUAUAAAGAUGUUGUUGAAUGUGAUGUUGUGCCAAUGCAAGCAUGUAGUAUUCUGCUAGGAAGGCCU